AUCGGCCCACGAAAUCGACGAUCAUUUUUCUCUCUUUUUUGUCCCCCCACCUUUAAGACUUCCUCCUCCUCCUCCAUUUCUUUAUUGUCUUCUUCGUUCGGUAUUCGUCUUCUUCAGGUCUCUUUCCGCGCGGAAACAGUAGAAAUUUAGGGUCCGGCCGGGCCCGCCUAUAAAUUUCCGUUAUCCGACCCUAGAUUUCCUCACUCGCCCCGUUUGCUCAUAGAUAAACCCUAUUUCUCACGCUGUCUGAUUCCUAUUUCGUUUGAAUUUUGCGGUGGAUCUUGUUAAUUGAUCGUUUUUUUCUUCAAUUGAACUCAAAUUCGGGUGGAUAAUUCUGAUUGUUUGAUCAUCUCGGAGCAUGGACAGGCUCUCGCCGGCGCCAGUAUCUUCAUCGACGUCUAUAACCGAGACGGUGAACGGCGCGCACGAUUUUAAAAUCACUGGGUAUUCGUUGACGAAGGGGAUGGGAAUCGGGAAGUACAUAGCCUCCGAUACGUUCACUGUGGGCGGAAUCUCUUGGGCUAUCUAUUUUUACCCGGACGGGAAGAGCCCGGAGGAUAACACUGCAUACGUUUCUCUAUUCAUUGCCCUUGCGAGCGAGGGGGUGGAAGUAAGGGCGCUUUUUGAAUUGUCUCUUAUUGAUCAGAGCGGUAAGGAGAUGCAUAAAGUUCACAGCCAUUUCGGUAGGGCUUUGGAUACAGGCCCUUACACUCUCAAAUCUCGUGGAAGCAUGUGGGGAUAUAAAAGAUUUUUCAGAAGAACUUCUCUUGAAACAUCAGACUACCUGAAGGAUGAUUGUCUUGAGAUCCGUUGCUGUGUUGGGGUUGUUAGGUCCCACACCGAGGGGCUUAAGACCUGCUCUAUAUCAGUGACUCCAUCAGACAUUGGGUUGCACUACGGGCAGCUUCUGGAAAGUGGAAUGGGGACUGAUGUAAAGCUUGAAGUUAAUGGAGAGACUUUUGCAGCUCACAAGUUGGUACUGGCUGCUCGGUCACCUGUCUUUAGAGCACAACUGUUUGGUCCAAUGAAGGAUCAAGAGACAAACAUUAAAGUUGAAGACAUGGAGGCCCCUGUUUUUAAGGCUUUGCUGCAUUUUAUAUACUGGGAUGCAUUGCCUGAUUUGGGAGAACUUGCGGGUUUGAACUCCAAGUGGGCUUCAACUUUGAUGACUCAGCAUCUCCUUGCAGCAUCUGAUCGGUAUGGUUUAGACAGGCUUAGGGUGCUUUGUGAAGCCCAUCUGUGUGAGCAUGUUGCCAUCAAUACUGUUGCGACAACAUUAGCCUUAGCUGAUCAGCAUCGUUGUUUCACUCUCAAGUCGGUUUGUCUCAAAUUCAUUGCAUCGCGUGGAAAUCUUAGAGCUGUUAUGGAGACAGAUGGGUUUGAUUACUUGAAAGAAAGCUGUCCCUGGAUUGUAACGGAAGUGCUGGAGAAUGUGGCCAGGGUGUGUGAGCACCCUGGUAACAAACUGGUAAAUGAUGGCGUCCUAGAUGGAACCGAUGCUAAUGGCAGGCGCGUGAAGCAGAGACUCUAGUAGUCUGGUUUUUAAUGGUCUUUUGGUUUUAUUGUGAAGAAGCUUCAUAAUAGCAGAUCAUCUUUGGACUGAUUUCACAUUUCUCUCAUCUGGUAAAUAACUUACGAAGAAGAAGAUUUCUAAUGAUGUUUUUUUGGAACUGAACUUAAUCUGGUAUCGAAAUGGGUACCCAAUUUUCACUCGUCUUGCUGUAGUUAGUGUCGAUGCUUUUUGGGCUACUAUCGUCCCGUGUCUCGGUUGAAUCUCAAUGUGUACUAAUUUUUCAAUUCUAUUACUUGAUUCAUGG